AUGAUGUCGAUAUAUGAUUGUCUUUACUGUGAAGCAGGAAGAGAGGGAUAAGAAUGUUGCGCUGGAAUAAACCUGCUGUAGUUCUAUCGUGCACGAGCAUCAGCUGUUUGGUUAAUGUCAGGUUCAGGAGGGCACACUGCUGCUAGGAUGCAGGAGCAGAGGAACAUGUUAGACCUGCAGGCUUUCCUGGAGGAUGGCCUGAGAUCAGAGCUGCUGCUCCAACGCCAGCUGCAAGCAAUGAAGGAGGCCCACAAGCAGCAGCUGCAGGAGACAGAGAGGAGACAGAGAGUGGGCCUGGAGAAAAGGAUCCAGCAGAACUCUAUGCUGUCAGCAGGCGUCGACAGGAGGUCUAGUACUGACAGACAACUGGACAAGUUAUUCAGCUCUAGGGGACCAAGGAGAUCCAGUUCCAUGUCUGACCUGACCUCAGGUAAGAGGUCUACCUCCAGGACCUCCCAACAGGUCUAUCACAUCCUCUGCAGCCUGGGCAUCCAUCACAACUGUUACACAGACAGGAUCACAGCAACUUCAGCACCAAAGACCAACAGAAACAGAGCAGCUCCAACUAAGUAAAGAGGAGAAAAGAGGAGGUGGAGUGUCAGAGGAAGUUCCAUGCAGUUCCUGUGCCUGUCCAUAUGUGUUUGCCCCUCUAUGAUGAGAUGAUGCAGGUGCGACAGAGGGAGAGGAAGGAAGGCCAUGAACAGAGGAGGGACUUCCUGCUCUCCAUGCAGAAGCCAUUCAGCUUCCUGGAGAGAGAUGAGAAAAAGAGAGAGAAGCUGAUGCAAAUGAUAAGCACGGUGGCACAGACUCAAAAACCCAAGGCCACAAAUGUCAGGAAACCAAUACCUAAAGCAAUCAAUGACCCUGCAGUCUCUGAGCAUUUUAAAGAGGAGGAGCUGCGCAGGAAGAUACGCACCCAGCUGAGGGCCCAGGAGACACACACACAGCACCUAUAGAGAACCAAACUCAUACUGAGAACCCUGAACCUCACAGCUCCCAGUGCACUAAGAAGGAGGUCCUGGCCUUCCUGGAUCAGAAGCCUACCUUCCAGCCCAAGACCACCUCCCAGGUCCCUGACUUUGAUAGGCUGCACAAGGCUUUCCACAGGGAAGCCCUGAGAAGGGUAGAGAGGAAAGUGUCAGCCCUUCCACCUGCGGACGUCAACCCUGCCCUCAAGACCAAGCAGGAGCAGCUCUGAAAAAUAACAAGUUAUUUUUGUUCUCAGGAACCCACAGUCAGUGCCUUUUUGAAGAGAAACAAUUCCUUUGGUGGUUUAACAUCGCUGUCUACAGAUACGCGUCCCACCUACAUUACAGAUGCAGCAAGGAAACGCUGUAUGGCAAUUAGAAGUUCUGUGGAGCAGAGGGAGUGCAGAGUUUAUGAGGAAACACAGGAUGAGGUCUCAGGCCAUGAAGAAGACAGUGGCUGUCCGUGCCAAGGUCAUGGAACCUCACUGCAGCCUGAAAGAGGUGUACCAUGAGAAUCUGAAACAGCACCGGGAGUCCGACCAACAAAGGACUAGAGAGUAUAAGAAGGAGCUACAGGAUAUGAAGGCCAGAGUCACUGUCCGUCCUUACCUGUUUGAACAGGUGUCACAGAAAAACGCCAAGGCUGACGCAGAGCGACUAUACAGAGACAAGCUGAGGGAAGCUGGUUUGAAUGAGCAGUUUGUCAAAACAAAGGGAGAAGAGUUUGAAACGACACCGAUCUUCAAAUCUGAUGACGAUGACGAUUGUGAUGACCGAAGUGUUGAGAGUGACAUGGAGAAAAGGAAUGGAAACAUAGACGUCUGGGAGACAAUUGAAGAGGUAGAGGAAGAGAGCGUGAAAACCAGAGUGGAAAAAAAUGUAUGAUCAAAAAGGUAGACCCGGCAUGGAACUCCAUAUAGCUAUUCUGUUUCAAAGAGCACUAUGUUCAAAAAUAAUUAUAGUCUAGUUUAACUAUGUUGAUCUAGUCUUUGACUGUCUGACAUGUUAUGUUAUGAAUUAUAACAUUUCUAAACAGGGAUAUAUGGCCUAUGGAGCUUUUAAAUUGAUAUUAAAUGGAGCAAAUGUGAGAAAAUGAAUAAAGGUUUAUAGAACUAUAUAUUUAUAAGUAAUUUUGAAUUUUACAAUGGCAGGGUAUUAUGUAAUAUUAAAUGUAUGGCUGCAUA